AUGACCUGCCUCGGUUCCUGCACGGGAAAGCUCGAAAUCGAACCGUAUUGGUACCACAAACAUGGCCUUUUGUUAGUAAGCUCCAGCUGUCUGCCCACAAACCUCUUGUCCAAAGCGAUGGAGCUUACUCGCGUCGCGAUACGACAGAAGCUUCCCAAUCGCAGCCUCGAUCCUGUUGAUGUUUCUGCCAGCCACGUCAUACGCCCUGCGGGUAAACAACUCCGCACUUUACGAGCCGUGCAUGACUGUUUGCGGGGCAAGAUCUGCAACGGCCCCAUUUACUUGGUGGCGGCGGCAGUCAUUCCACUAUUUGCCGGCACAGCUUUGCCCGUCAGCACAGCGGCCAAGGAGAUCAAUCCUGAGAUUGCCGUGCUCAACUAA